AUGUUCAAGGGCAUCUACCACGGCAAGCAGUGCCAUGCCGCUGACAUCCCGGCCGUACUUGCGCGCGCGUGGGCUGCCGGCGUCGACCGCAUCAUUGUCACCGGAGGCUCCCUGAAAGAGUCCAGGGAGGCGUUGGAGAUCGCCGAGACCGACGGGAGGCUGUUCUGCACUGUGGGCGUGCACCCGACGAGAUGCGGGGAGUUCGAGGAGAGUGGAGACCCCGAGGGUCAUUUUCAGGCACUGCUGGCUCUAGCGAAGGAGGGGAUAGAGAAAGGCAAGGUCGUUGCCGUUGGUGAAUGUGGUUUGGAUUAUGACAGACUUCACUUCUGUCCAGCAGAUGUGCAAAAGAAGUAUUUUGAGAAACAAUUUGAGUUGGCUGAAGCAGUAAAACUGCCAAUGUUUCUUCACAUGCGUGCUGCUGGUGAAGACUUCUGUGAAAUCAUGACACGAAAUUGGGACAGAUUCCCUGGUGGGGUUACACAUUCCUUCACUGACUCAGCGGAAGAUCGGGACAGGCUACUUUCUUUUGAGAAGAUGUUUAUAGGUGUUAAUGGCUGCUCUCUGAAAACUAACGAAAAUCUUGAGGUUCUACGAGGCAUUCCUGUUGAGAGGUUGAUGAUAGAAACAGAUUCUCCAUAUUGUGACAUAAGAAAUACUCAUGCUGGAAGCCAGUAUGUAAAAUCUGUCUGGCCAUCCAAGAAGAAAGAAAAGUACGAGCCAGAUUCAACAGUAAAAGGUCGCAAUGAGCCUUGUUUAGUCAGGCAAGUUCUUGAGGUAGUGGCUGGAUGCAAAGGAAUUUCUGACAUAGAAGGCCUGAGUAGAACUCUGUACCACAACACAUGCAGGCUCUUCUUUCCUCAGGAUAUUGAUGCAUCUGCGAAUGCACAGCUUGAGAGUGGUACUACCGUCCAGGAUAGCUGA